AUGGGGGUGAGGGUGGCCCCCGAGAGCUCCCGAGUUGCCCUUCGCCUUUCCUGCUCACGGCUUGCCCCACACCCGGGAACACAGGCAAGGACUAGGAACCAGGCCCCACAGGAGAUCUCCAGUGGGGUGGUACUGGCCAGGAAGUGCACGCUCACCGGGCCAGGGGCGUCCCCAGAGAAGGGUAGUCAACAGAACGGCGCCUUCCAGAACCAACCCCCCCGCUCCCGCACAGAGCUUCUAGAACGACCGCCUGCGCCUGAUCGGGCCCCCAAGGGCGGGAUCGGCAGCCUGCCCAUGACCUCCGGCGGCUUCCAGCUCUGGGCCCCAGGGCUCCUCUGCACCGAGCGUCACCUGGCCAAGCGCCUCAGGAGCAACAGCUCCUACCCAUUCACGCAGCAGCAGCCUCAAGUCUUCGUGCUCGAGUACUACCUGGACACGCUGUGGAAGGGGACGCUGCUCUUCGUCGCCUGCCUCUUCCUCGUCAGCCUCGGCCUCGUGAGCCAGGUGCACAAGCAGGAGACAUGGGCGUUCCCCGCGUACGGCAUGGGCGUGGGCCUGUGGCUCGUGAUCUCGUCGCUGCCGCGGCGCCGCCUGGUGCUGAACCACACGCGCGGCAUGUACCACUUCUCCAUCCAGGGCCGCACCGUGUGUCGGGGCCCCCUGCACCUGGUCUACGUGCGCCUGGCGCUCAGCUCCGACGCGUACGGAAAGUGCUUCUUCCAGCUGGUUCUGUCUGGCCACAAACUGGAGCCUCUGGUGCUGGUACACCUGUCAGAGCGCUACGAGCAAAUGGAAUACUUGGGCCGUCAGAUCGCCCGGAAGCUCAACAUUAACUACUUCGACUGCCAGGCCGCGUCGUACCGGCAUGUGGUCCGCCACCGGCCGCCGGGGGCCGCCUUCAGCCCGGGCAUCGUGCUGCGCAAGACCCGCGCCUACGGCGAGCCGGGCUCUCAGUCCGACCUGGACGUGUGACCCCGGGACCGGCACCUCAGCCGAGGCCAGCACUCUCCCUUACCCUCCAUCUUCCUUCCACCCACCCCUGACCACUGGCCUGCCUCUCAAUAAAGCUGCUUGUUGCUCC